AUGAGCAUCAGGGGACGCGAUUCUGAUAGACUCAAUCAGCUGCGUCAAGAAGACGAGUCGCUCGACCAGAUUCGAAAGCCAGAGAAGCGCUGGAUAGCUAUAGGACCACGUGUAAGAAAUAUACCGACCGAAGCGAAAUUCUUCAACUGUCUGAUUGACCUCGUAAUAGUACACCCGGAAAACUGGAGUCACCUUGCCAAGCUAACUCAUGUGUGGGAGACUGCAAGGCCUGGUUCACAGGUGGCAUUUUGUGGUUACCUGCAUACACGCCGUGAUGUGAACAAGAAGCUCUCCUUCACCGCACUGCGGAAUAUACAACAGGACCUUACCAUUCAGAUCGUGUCGAAUGCCAACAACGAGGGCAGUGAGGAAGCACAAGCUCACAAUCAACUGAAAACGUUACGGGAGUGGACACCUGUAGUCGUAAAAGGCACACUCAAAGAGCGCGUACCUACCCCACGAGUCGAGACACCAAUGAUGAAAGCGAGGGAGAUUGCCUUGACAUCUAUCACUCCGCUCAACCUGGUAGCCAAGGAUAUUAUCGUCAAGAGCGAAGCAGCGUACGGCCCCGAACAGCGUCAUUUGCAGCUCCGCACCGACUGGUCGGCGCGGGGUCGCCUCAUCACGCGAAGUAAGACCAUCCACGAAGCAAGGAAGUUCUUACAUGAACGGGAGUUUGUAGAGAUUGAGACACCUCUUCUCUUUAAGUCAACACCCGAGGGGGCACGCGAAUUCCUAGUGCCGACUCGAAACAAAGGUCUGGCCUAUGCGUUGCCUCAGAGCCCUCAGCAAUACAAACAGAUACUGAUGGCGUCUGGGUUUCCCAAGUACUACCAGUUUGCAAGAUGCUUCCGUGACGAGGACUUGAGAGCGGAUCGCCAACCAGAAUUCACGCAGCUUGACAUGGAAAUGUCCUUCGCAGAUGAAGAGACAGUAAUGGCAGAAAUUGAAGCUUUGAUUAGCAAAGUCUGGCAAAGAAUGUCCUCAGCCCCCCGCCUUACGACACCAUUUCUACGAAUGACUUACCACGAGGCAAUGUCGUCCUACGGCUCGGACAAACCAGACUUGCGUUAUAGCGCAACGAUACAUGAAGUCACCGAACGUCUGGAGACCGAUUUCAUCAGCAAAAUAACAGCACUCAAACACCCCGCAAUCGAUGCAUUCAAGAUGUCGCUGUCAGACGAUCCAGCAGAGAACCGCAGAUUCAUUGCCGACUUCUUUGAUAGCCCCGAAGGCGCUCCUUUCCUCCGAAAUCCCGAUGGUCAACCCGCCACCUUCUGCGGCGACGCCCGGCAACCCAUGGGCGGCCUUGGCCCACUCGGCUAUCGGUUUACAAUGGAAGCACCCAGCGAGCUCUCGACAGACCAUGGAGAGCUCCUUGUAAUGCAAGCACGACCUCACGGCCCUUUCACCGGCGGAUCAACCAUGCUCGGAAACUUGCGUCUGGCGCUGUACAAAGCGGCCGCUGCCCAAGGCCUGAUCGAGCCGCCGCACUGGAAGGAUUUCAGAUUUGUUUGGGUUACAGACUUCCCACUCUUCUCGCCCACGAACGACGCGGAGCCCGGCCAAGGCGGUACCGCUGGUCUCGCGUCAACACACCACCCCUUCACGGCACCAAAGACCGCUGCUGACCUUGACAUGCUCCUUACAGAUCCUACUAAAGUGAUUGCGGCGCACUACGAUAUAGUGGUUAAUGGCGUGGAGCUCGGAGGUGGCAGUCGGCGUAUUCACAAUGCUGAGGUCCAGGAAUUCGUUUUCCGUGAGGUGCUGAAGAUGAAGCCAGAACGGAUCGAGGACUUUAGGCAUUUACUGGAUGUGCUGAGGAGCGGAUGCCCGCCGCAUGCUGGGAUUGCGUUGGGAUGGGAUCGUCUGAUGACGCUGUUGACGGGAUGCGAGAGCGUGAGGGAUGUUAUUGCGUUUUCGAAGAGUGGGAGUGGGGAGGAUGCGUUGGUGAAGAGCCCCAACAGGGCGACGAAGGAGCAGUGGGAGACGUAUCAUCUGAGGGUGGUGGAGUAG